AUGCCAUGUACGAAUCUAAAUAAUGUUUCAGCUGUGGUAGGACUGCGAGUAUGGUACCUGUUCCCGAAGAACAAAACCAUACAUGCUCUUUCCCUUGGUACUUACUUUGGCUGUGCUAUUGCAACAAUAGUCCUGGUGAAAGAGCAGUAUCCCUUUAUUCUCUUGGAGAUGUCGCAAGGCUCCCAAACGUCUCAGAGCCCUGUGUUGCUUUGGGUGAUAUAUAUGCCAUCUCUUGUUGUUCAUACCGUAUUUUUCUUCCUCAAGAUCGUCAGGCUGGCCAUGGCAUCGGAGCCUGUCAGUGAAACAUUCCUCUCGUUAUUCUUCAAGGAGUAA